GUGAGUCUUGGCGUUCCCAGCUCUAACACCAUCCUCCCUGGAUCCUCAGAGGCAGUUGGAAUGCCACAGUAAGGGCCAGACAUUGAAAGGGGGACAGGUGCUACAAGAUCCUGGAGACAUCUGAGGCUUGAUGGGGACUUUCCAACAUUCCAGACUGCUGUCCUACAAUGAAGCUCUGAGUCACUGACCCAAGUACUGGCAACAACGUGGAAACCCAGGACAGUCAGCGUCAUGCACGGUCGGUCAGUCUGAGCAACAGCCUAGAGCUAGCGUGGCCUGAAAUUCCAGCAAACGCUAGAGAAAGCCUCCAGUGUUCAUGGAAAGAGAAAAGGAAAGAAUUCCCAGCCAAUCGCAACGAACUUUCCACAGCUCCAAAGACCCCACCUUCCUUAUCCAUCAGGGUGCUCUGUCUAGUGACUCUCACUUGACCCUUCCACCAGAAACACAGUGUAGAGAUCUCACCGAAAACAUAAAGACCAACGCGCAGCAAAGGAGACCCGGAACAGUGAUACUAUCAAAACACCCAAAUAGAAUUAUGUCAGGGAACCAGCCUAGCCCUCCGGUGAUCCCAUCCCGCAGGCCGGGAUUCCGGAUAUGCUACAUCUGUGGCCGAGAAUUUGGUUCCCAGUCGAUUGCCAUUCAUGAGCCCCAGUGCUUGGAGAAGUGGCGCAUUGAGAACAGCAAACUGCCCAAGCACCUGAGGAGGCCAGAACCCUUCAAACCACAGCCCAUCGGUGGCAGUGGCUCCUAUAGCCUUCAGGUAGCCAACGAGGAGGCAUUUCGGAGUGCGCAGGCUCAACUGCUCUCCUGUGACUGCUGUGGCCGCACAUUCUUGCCAGAUCGUCUCCUGGUUCACCAGAGAAGCUGCAAGCCAAAGGCUGAGAAUUCCAGAAGGCUGGGCACGGAUGGUCCCGAUGCUCCUACUGGUCUCAAGAAAGCCUCCAGUGGCAUUCCAGCCCGACCAAGGACGCUCAUCUGUUACAUUUGUGGUAGGGAAUUUGGCACACUGUCCCUUCCUAUCCAUGAGCCCAAAUGCUUAGAAAAAUGGAAAAUUGAGAAUGACCGGCUCCCUAGAGAGCUGCGUCGGCCACUGCCCGAGAAGCCCCAACCUCUUCCAACUGGACAGCCCAGCCAAGAAGGGGCAAAAAUUCCUGAUUCGAACUUAGAAAGGAAAGGCGGCCCAAAUGUACCCACCAAUUCCAAGCAACAAAGGAACAUGGCGGCCUCGAGUGAGGACAAGGUAACCGGCGUCAUAUAAGAUGAAGUAGCUGAACCGGGGACAUAUUGCAUCUUCAAA